ACAUUUGAUUUUCAUCUCCCAGACAGAAAAGGGAUUUUCCCCAAAUUUUACUCUGAUUCUAGAGAGAAAGAGAGUAAAGAUGAUGGCGGGAAAGCAAUUAUCAGGCGAUGGUUUUUCAUCAAACCUUGCCGGAAUGUCAAAGAAUCAACUCUAUGAAAUCAUGUCUCAGAUGAAAACUCUGAUAGAGCAAAACCAGCAGCAAGCGAGGCAAAUACUUGUUGAAAAUCCUGCCCUAACUAAAGCCCUUUUUCAGGCACAAAUUAUGCUUGGAAUGGUGAAGCCCCCAAAUGUGAUGCCAAGCAUCCAGCAGACAAUGUCACAACCUCCUAAACAACCAGUGCAAUCAAGUCAGCAGCUUAAUCCUUCAGUUUCACAGUCACAUCAUGAUCAACUAAGUGCAUCCCAGAACCACAUUCCAGCUAGAAAGCAGCAACCAAACCAGUCUUUCCCCCUCCCACCUGUUUCCAUUCAGACCAUGCCGGCACAUUCCCAUUCGAUGCUGCAGCAACCAAAAGGACAUCCAAGUGGACAAAUGACCUCCAUGUCCUUCCCCUCACAUAUGCAUAAUAUGACUUCAGGGCCUCCUCAUCAGCUUCCCUCACUUCAACCUCAGCAAGCACCCACUAUCUCCAGCCAGCCACAGCAGACAUUACACACAUCUGGUAUCUCUCACUUGCAUCCGCAGCCGCAGCCACCAUUACCAUCACAACCUAGGCCACCCUCUAUGCAACCGUACCAGCAUCAGGGAUAUUCACAAAUGGGUUCUCAUAUGGGUUACCAGCCUACUGGUGUAUCUCAGCCCCAUCUUUCACAGCCUUCAUAUAAUUCAGGAAAUAAACCUUCUGGUAGCAUUGGCUCUUCUUUUCCACAGGGACAACCACCACUGCCAAGUCAUCCACCACCUCAGUCACUAUAUCAGGGUGGAGGUAGUAUGCACUUAGGUCCAGACUACGGCGGUCAAGCUGGUAGUUCGAUGCAAGUGGACAACCGACCCCCUUCUUGGAUGCCACCAGGUUUACAAGAUAAUUCAGCAGGUGGAUUGCAGCUUCCAGGCCCACCAAUGACUGGUGGUCAGACUCAGAUGGGAAACCAGGCCCCUCCUCGCCCACCAAACUUGACAGCUGAUAUGGAGAAGGCACUCCUUCAACAGGUUAUGAGCCUUUCACAAGAACAAAUUAACCUUCUUCCACCAGAACAAAGGCAUCAAGUACUCCAAUUACAACAAAUGUUGCGGUAGCUGUAGCCAACCAAUUAUUGUUGUUCUGCGUUGGUGGAUCAGCAUCACAAAUUCUAGUCAAAUUUUAGUUCGUGCCUUGUUGGAUAAACACUUCUGGUUUCUUUUCUUUGUUUAAUGCUUUCUGUAUAAUAUCUUAAUAUUAAUUGGGUUCCAUAUUCUCAGUUUUCUUUCA